UUGGAAAUGGAAAGGACGAAGGCCGAGUGGGCAAGACCCUUGUCUCAAUCUCCCCGUGUUCCGUUGCCGCAGUCGAUCUUUCCCGCGUGGUGGUGGUGCCAACGACGGGAGUUCCUGCCUCUCAGACCGGACUUGAGGUUCCCUUGACACACCGACCCUUCCUGGUAGCGAAUCAGCACCAGAGUGGCUUUUCAUCAUGACGAGAUUCUACCACCACAAAGGCAUCGUCUCCCGGACUGCUUGAAUUGACCAUAUAAGCUGGGCUCUGAACGUUCUAAAUCAAAUUCCCGUUUCAAAUCCGAACACGAUGAAGACCAUUCUCAUCCUCCUCACUGCCGCUGGCACCACCCUAGCCCAGAACUUCUCGGGUCAACCGGACUGCGCCACCGCCUGUCUCAUCAGCGCUAUCAGCGCGGCAGGCUGCGGCGCGAGUGACCUCGGCUGCCAGUGCGGCCCGACCCAGUCCUUCAUCGCCGCCAGCGCCGCCCCGUGCCUGAUCUCGAGCUGCACCGGCACCCAGCUGCUGCAGGCCCAGAGCGCGGGCGCCGCCCAGUGCUCCAGCUACUCGGCCACGGUGGCUUCUCAGUCGGCCACCACCACGCCGGCGUCGACGGGAGAGGACUCGAGUGCCUCGAGUGCUUCGACCAGGAAUGAUAUGGCGUCGUCGACCUCCGAGACCGCCGCUACUACCGCUGAGGGUUCGGGCUCGGAGACCUCGCCGCCGACGCCGGUCUCAACGUCCGGGUCCACUGAGUUGGACGGGUCGACCGAGUCGCCCGAGUCGACCGAGCCAACCGACUCGUCGUCGACCAGCACGGGUGCCGCCGCCGCAAUGGCUACGCCCGCUAUUAUGGGGGCCGGUGCCCUGCUCGGUGUUUUGGGAGUGGCGGCUGCGUUGUGAGAAGCAUGGAAGCUUAGGGUGCUUGGUCGGGUGGUUAAAGAUGGUGAGAUAAGUGCAACAAUAUCGUGAAUUUGAGAAGGAAAAUACGGGCCAUGCUCGGAGAGAAUUAGCAUCCAUGGGUGGCUUACUCGCUCAGCUUUUCGGAUAGUUGCUGCAAACUGCACAUAAUUUUACCCCUAAGUGUUUUCCAACUUGAUAUCAAGGAGUCAUUUAGUCCUUUCCCCAAGUCCUCCGUCAAGUCAGACAUAUACGGCAUCGGAUGUUUUCUCUACAAUAU